GUUUGACAGCACAUAACAUUCGUUUAGUGGGCUGGUACAUUGUCAGUGUUUUUCACUGGGUGACUUUUUGGGGAAAUCGGAAAUGUAUUAUUCUCAUAUUCACACUUUAACACGAACUCUUCUCAACAAACACAGCGUCAAAGUCAUGGCCGUGUUUUCGUUGCCUACUAUCAAGCAUACCACUUUCAGUGUUAGCUAGGCUAGCCUCGUCUGCCUUAAUUUCUCACAUACCGUGUCACCUGUUGACGCCGACAGCUCACUGUUUUGUCAUUUCGAGUCAAAGACAAAUACUGGGGAUAGGUUCGAAGCGCACGAGAUACAGAGGGGACAAAUGUUUCAAGAGACGUACGCGGUUGAACGGGACACGAAGCAACUACAGCCAUUCUUAUUUUUAUUUUUAGCACCGUGUAAUUCAUAAAAUUGUGGACCAACUCGACUUUUCAUCCACCAACGUGUCCAUAUUCAUAAGGAACGGUACGUUUUACUCUCUUUCGGCGUGGUGUGAUUUUUAACGAAUUGAAUGACCACUGUAACAAGUGACCUGUUAAUUAUUUGUAUGUGUUUAGUCACAAAUAAUAAAAGCGUGUCGUGACCUAGUAGAUGUCAGGCUGUUAUGAACUUGACUGGUUCAGUGGAAAGAGGCCAGGUUGAAAUAUAGAAUGGAGCAUAGGCUAUAGCUUAUUGAACUCAUGUUUGUUUUGACUGAUUAUCUCAACUGUAGGCCUAGAUCUGACAUAACAUAUAUUAAGAACUAAUAAUAGAAAUAUAUAUUAGUAACUGAAAUAGUAUUAGAUGUCUGUGUUAAAAUGUAUAUCACUCUCUUAAACUAAAUAUUAUUUUACUGAUUCCUGAACCAGUGAUUCCAAAACAGUAAGACUUACUAACCUUAAGUUUACAUAACCUACAUUUGUAUAAUAGUCCAAUCUGUCCUUUACCCUCCACACAGAUUGUAAACAAAAAGGAGAGUGGGAUUAGGACGGUUGAGAGAAAAAAGAUUGCUCUGGGGAGGGGGGGGGGGGGGGGGGGGGGGGGGGGUCUGAGUAAACAUGAGCUGUGUUCACAUGCCCCUGUGACAAAUCGUUCUGAGACCUUGUCUAUCAUUAGUGAGUGAGUCAUUAUUAAUAAUACUUCACAUGUGAAUUGUGAACUCCAGUGAGGGUAGUUGCACCAGCCAGGAUUUCUUACCUUUUUUGUGCUAGGCUACACUUAGCAACAGUCUAGACUGGCCACCUCUCACCUGCUCCUCUAGCUCAGGGCCCUGUGGGGAUGAUGACAGAAUCCCCACAGGGCCAGGGACAGGGGAGUUUAUUUGUUUUUGUUUGCAUAUUUAAUCAAGCUACUACUAGCUAUCUGUAGGUUGGCAAAAACAAACAAAUUUACCAAAAAAAAGCCACUUCACUCAGUGCAUUGUUCCGUCUCUGGUAGUUGUCAUGUGCUGCAGCAGCUUAUCCAGCCCUGCUGGUUAGACGAGUAUUGAAACAUCCACUACAUUAUAGGAAGACUAAAGAAAAAUAGAUAAUUUUAAGGAGGUUACCCUAAACCCUAUUCCUAACCCAGAUUUGUGAUUAUUCAAGAGCAGGACUGGGUAUUUUAGUGCACCUGGAUUAUUGCAACAGCUCACUAAGAACUGAUAAAUGUGUGAUAAUGUGUAGUAGUAGUAGUAGUAGUAAUAUUAAUAAUAAUGUCUGUGUUGUUUGAAGCUACUAAUGCCUAGAGCUUGUCAAUGGAUGAGUUCGGAACUCAGUCUACAUUUGUCUUCUAGGCCCAGUGGUAUGAUUGAUCACUGUAUAAAUACAACACCAGACACGUCAUUGCUUGUAUACUAUUUCCUCCACCCUUCCGCAUGUCCUGCCAACUACGGUAUGUCCCCAGGACACACCUAACCAAAACCCAUGAUGACCACAUCUCCCCUUCUAGAAAUAGAGGGGCCACUUUGAAAUGUAAAUGUAGAAAAAGAACACGUCAUACAAGCAAGAUACAACAACAUAAAAUCAAGUUGUUUUAUUUAAGUAUUCAGUGUCUUUCAGCUGAUGUGUGCUUUAGUGAGAGGCACCAGUACAUCAGUGGAGUCUGUCUUUACCAAUCACUCAAGGGACAAAGUCUUCUAACAAUUCAGGCUGGCCUACACACCUUUGUGGUAUAACCUGUAUCUCUUGUGUUGUCACCUCACCAUCUGUUGGUCUCACCCUCCCUUGCCGUCACUGAAAGAAUAUUGGUGACCGCACCGCCUAAGCCUUCUGGUUCGGGGAGUUUACUGAGGGACUUUCCAUGGGGUUGUCAAGGCAUCAAGAACAGCACCAUCUUUCAACUGAAUCCUAAAGCCCCCUUCCAGUUGACCAAAACCCAGAGAAGCCUGUUGGAAACUGUUGCUGGUACCCUUCCCUAAGCAGAAAAAGUCUCAAUGAGAAAUGCCCAGACACAAUGUUGACAGCCCCAGGAGCCAAUGGGAACCGGCUCUGCGACUGCCAUGGGUCACCAGAUUGACUGGAGGGCAGAGUCCCGCCUCAUCAGGGGCAGAAUCGGACACAGAGAGCAGCAGUACCGAGAGUGAGCCCCACACUCAAAAUUCAGAGAUGGGAUGUUUGAAGAUGGUGUUGCCCUCCAUGCUCCAAACGCGUAUUGCAGAGAUCGACCAGCAGAGGGAGGAGCUUAAGAUAGAGCUGCAGCUGGAGAUUGCUCUGAUUCAGGGAGAGCUGCAGACUGAACAGGACCAGCUACACAGACAUGAAGAGCAGCUGAAAGCGCUGCAGGGGGAAGCCAGACUCAGGGAGUCCACACACAGACAGCAGGAAAAAGAUAUUAUGGAUGCUGCAGCAAGGGCAUUUGAGGACUGGGAGUUUCGUGUCCUUGAACAAGAAAGUGGGGUAGAGGAGGUGGAUGGAGGAAUGAAGAAAGAGAGAGAUAAUGGAGGAGAAAUGCAAGGAGAGAUAGUAUACCAACAGCAUGCUGUCAACAAUGCACAGGAGCGGGUUCAGCAGCUACAAAUGCAGCUGACUGAGAUGGAGGAAGAAAAGGAUCGAGAAAUGACUGACUUAAAAAAUGAGAGACGAAAACUGCUCCACAAGACUCAAAGGCUGCAGGAACCAUACAAGGAAUCUGGCAGUUUACCCAGGAAAUGGAGCACACAUCGCAACAACAAACUCAAUGACAGGCCACUUUCAGUGCAAGGAUUUGUGAGAAUGGUACCAGAUAGCCAGGAGGCCCUCACUCCCACCCUCCCCUCCCACAGACACAGCAACAGGCACAGCAUUGGGCCGAGCAACUUGCACAGCAACAGACAUAGAUCAGGGCCCAGCCAUGUCAGUGGUCUCCUUACCCCCUCUAACAGUGCCAGUAGCUCCCGUGCUGCCAGCCCAUGUCUGGAUGUUCUGGACCUUGCAGGGAUCGAGCAAAGGCUGAAGGAGGCCAAGGUAGAGAGAGAGAGGCUGCUCAAAGAGAGGGAGGAGAGGCAGAAGUUGCUAAAUGAGAAGAAACAGAGUGAGGUGGACUCACCAGCUAAAACAGAGCCAGCAAAGUGCCAGACUAAGCCUGAAGAGCAGCUGAUAUCCAGCCCUGUAGCUAACACCCUGGAGCAUCCCCAGAAGAGCCUCCCUCUUUUCCUCUCGCCAAACUUUGACCUGAGAGCCCACGUGGAGUCUCUAGGUCAUGGUGUGACAGGGUGUUUGAGUCUUCGGAUGACCCCCCGGCUCUGCGCUGGCUUCCUGACCAAAAGAGGCGGACGUGUGAAGACAUGGAAGAGGAGGUGGUUCCUUUUUGACAUGGACCACAGGCGACUAGCCUACUACACAGACUGUGAUGAAAGGAAACUAAAAGGAGUGAUCUAUUUCCAGGCCAUAGAGGAGGUGUACUACGACCAUUUACGGACAGCCACAACAUCACCAAGGCCCAGUGAGACGUUCUGUGUGAAGACCUAUGAGCGACUCUUCUUCAUGGUAGCUCCCAACUCGGAAGCCAUGAGGAUCUGGAUAGACGUAAUAGUCACGGCAACAGAUGAACACAGCCGUUACUGACGCUAAUCAACCCACACUCCAUUGUAUCACUGAGAGUUUUUAUUUACCUGACCUUACGUGUGGACCCUUCAACCUUCUAUUUAAUAACCUCCCCCCAACAUGCAGCCAUUUUGUACUGAAUGUGAUACAUAAUAUUGAAGACAUUAAGAUGUAUGAGCACUAGAAACCAACCUUGCUGAGAUGUUGAAAACUAAACUACAAUCUUGGUUGGAGUUGGCCAUAUGAAGUGACAUAUGAAAACAUUUUGUUCAUGCAAUUGCAUUCACACAAUUUUAUAUGUUAUUAAAUAAAUGAAAUAAAUUCA